CAGAUGCGUGUGGGUUGGCGCUUGUUUCUGUCUAGCCCCCUUACUCAAAUUUUAUGACAAUAUGAGAGACUCAAUUCAUUAUCCAUAAUCGUGUCAUGUCGCAGCUCCGCCGGCCCGUGCCCCUUCCCCAAUAACCCGUAUGUGGGCUCCAGCUCCUGACCCGUUCUCGUCGUCGACUAAGGUCUACUCUAUCUCCACCGGCUCAUCAUCCGCGCUGGGACGUGGAGCGCCGCAUCUCACCAUCCUCGGCUCGGUCCGGCAUCCAGGAUCUACCUCCCACACGAUGCGCGCCCAGCAACUCGCUGGACGGAUCCCGACGACACCGAGCAGCGCCGGCGGCAUUCUCGGGCUGCCGCGACGCUUUCCUCGGCCAUGCCGCCAGUCUCGAUUCCGGUUCCAGCUGCAAACGCGGCGCAUUCACAACCUCAACAGCACUAAUACCACAACUACAACCACUUCAAGUAGCAGUAAUGGCAAUGGCAGGGGCGGCAAAAGCGCUUCCGACGCGACGUCGCUGCCGCCACCGCAGCACACUCGAACAACCAGAGCCGAGCGCAUCCUGUCGCGGCUCCCGCCGUCGCUCCAGAAAUACACGAGCCGGCUGCGCGGCGCGCCCGUGACGCACGUGGUCGCGUUCCUGAUCCUGCACGAGGUGACGGCCGUGGUGCCGGUGCUCGGGCUGUUCGGACUGUUCCACUACACGGACGCGGUGCCGACGGGGUACGUCAUGGAGCACUACGGCGGCGUGGUGCGCGAGGGUGUCGGCCGCUUCGAGCGCUACUUUACCAGGAAGGGCUGGUUCGGGUUCGGCGGCGGCGACACGGCUGCUGUAGCGGUAGUUGGUGGUUGCGACGGCGCCGUCGAAGACGCCGACGCCGACGCCGUUCUGCGGAACUUGGAGAGCGGCGGCGGCGGCGCCCCUGGCAAGUACAAGAUCGUCGUAGAGGUGGCUCUCGCGUACGCCAUCACCAAGGCUUUGCUUCCUGUGCGCAUCGUGGGGAGCGUCUGGGCCACGCCGUGGUUUGCGGGCGUCUUAUCCCGCUUGCGGCGCCUUCUUGCGCCAAACCGGUAGGAGAUUACAAAAGAAAAAGAAGAAAAAAAGGAGAAAGAUAAAUAACACAGGCUUUGAGCCACGUCUUAUCCCUUUUACUUGUAUUAGCUAUUUAAUCUGAACGAAGGCCUAGACUCUCAAAUAGGCUCUUAGUCUAUAACCUCGUCAUCUGUAGGUCAUCUAGGU